UUAGGGGUUGACGCAACGAUGAGUCUCAAGGACGUUGAAAGUGCUUCAGACCUCGGCGAUGAUAAAGGCCACCAACGCAUGUCAUACAGAGAUAGCCUUGUGGUGGCCCAAGUGGCUGUUCAAGUUCGACUCGGCUUUCUGAGAAAAGUUUAUGGAAUACUGAGCGUUCAACUAGUGCUGACAAUAUUUGUCUGCAGCAUCUGCAUGAACCUGGAGUCUGUGAAAAGCUUUGUUCAAACCAGUCCUGGAAUCCUUGGGAUCUCGUCGAUUGCAACUUUCAUCCUACUUAUUGCUUUGAUGGUGAAACGGCAUGAGCAUCCAACCAACAUAUAUCUUCUACUGGCAUUCACACUGGUUGAAGCGUACACCGUGGGAGUAGUCGUGACGUUUUAUGACAAGCUUGUUGUACUGGAGGCGUUUAUCUUGACGGCAGCUGUGUUCGUUGGCCUGACUGUGUACACGCUGCAGAGUAAGAAAGAUUAUAGCACAUGGGGAGCCUGUCUCUUCUCAUUUUUGUGGAUUCUCAUCAUGGGUGGGCUGUUUCAGUUUUUCGUGCAGUCUGAAGCAUUGGAAUUUGUCCUCUGUCUGGCUGGUGCUGUCGUAUUCUCAGGGUUUAUUAUCUUUGACACACACAUCAUGAUGACCAAGCUAUCACCCGAAGAAUACAUCAUGGCUGCAAUUAAUCUCUACCUCGAUGCGAUCAACCUGUUCAUGUACAUUCUCAGGAUUUUGAGCUCAAAAGACAAGUAG